CACACAUCCCUAGCUGAGUCCACCUUAGUGAAUGCCUUUGUAAUUUUAUUUAUCGCAGGGAACAGUUCCAAGAGUUUAUUUGUGCUUGUGUUAGUAAGUGGACACAAAAAAGUGUACUCAAGGGGGUCAAACAAGAUUUAAAAUGAAUUGGCCAGUCAUCCCCGGAGUGUAAAUCAAAUAGCACGUAUUUACUUACCUUAGUGAACGCAGCCCAUUCGCUGUAGCCGCAUCAUCCUAAUUUCACAAUGAAAGUCACGAUUACAACCCUAAACGACGAAAUCUUCGUUUUAGACGUUUCGGAAGAUUUGGAGUUGGAAAAUUUUAAAGCGUUUUGUGAGAUUGAGUCCGGGUUCCCUGCGAAAGAUUUUAUAUUGAAUUACAACGGCAAGCCGCUUCUGGAAGAUAAGAAAUCGCUGAAAGAGCACGGUGUCCGCGAUGGAGACGUGAUCGUGCUUCUGCAUAUGAUGCAGACAGCCUCCAACCUCAACCAGACUGAUUCUAGCCAAGCUUUGCCUACAGGGUUAGCUAACUUAGACUUCAGUGGCAUCAGAGUCCCUCCGGGCGCAGCAAGCACCUCAAUGGCGGCUAGGAACCCACCCGUGGAGGAGGACCCUCGCAUCAUCAGGGAGAUGUUUUUAGCCAACCCGGACCAGCUUGCUCUGCUCAAGCAGAACAACCCAAGAUUAGCCGAUGCACUCCUCAGCGGCAACUUAGAUACAUUUGCUUCUGUGCUUCGUGAACAAAUCUUAGCUAGAACGGAACGCCAGCAACAGCGUAUAAGGAUGAUGAAUUCAGAUCCAUUUGAUACAGAAGCGCAGCGAAUGAUUGCUGAGGAGAUCCGUCAGAAAAACAUCGAGGCUAACAUGGAGGCGGCCAUGGAGUACAACCCGGAAACGUUCGGCACGGUGGUCAUGCUGUACAUCAACUGUCAUGUUAAUGGAUUCCCAGUUAAAGCAUUCAUCGAUUCCGGCGCUCAGACCACAAUCAUGUCAGCAGCUUGCGCCGAGCGAUGCAACAUUAUGCGACUGGUGGAUACUAGAUGGGCAGGUAUAGCCAAAGGGGUCGGUGUGCAGAGGAUCAUCGGCCGUAUCCACAUGGUGCAGAUGAGGAUCGAGAAGGACUUCCUCACCACAUCGUUCUCCGUGCUCGAGGAACAGCCGAUGGAUAUGCUCCUCGGUUUGGACAUGCUCAAACGACAUCAGUGCAACAUUGACUUAAAACGCAACGUGCUCCGUAUCGGCACGACCGGUACCGAGACCCCAUUCCUGCCCGAGUCCGAGUUGCCCGAGUGCGCCCGACUCUCGGGCUACUCCGAGGACGAGAUCGUCAACCAGUCCAUGCGAGAUCACGAGGAAAGACAGGUCAAGGAAGCCAUGGAGAAGUCCAAACAAGAGGCUGGCGGACUCCUGAGUCUUCGGCCCACUACUAGCGGCCAGUCGGCCCCGGUGCCCAUGCAGAUCAAUAACCAGCGAAUGGUUCUGGGAGAUCCUAGCCAGACUAUCAUGCCGAAUGACAACUUCGGUGAACCAGAGGUGGAAGAAAUAAUGUCUUUGGGCUUCACCAGGGAACAGGCUAUUGUGGAGCUCCGGCGCUUCAACGGCGAUAAGACUCAAGCGACUGUGGCCCUUUUCGCCAAAUCCCUCAAGUUUUGAGCAUCAGACUGUCGACUAUAUAAACGACUUGAUAUAAUAUACCAUGAAUUUAAUAUAAACCUUUACUGUAGUCAACAUAAACAAAAUGGUUAUGUAUUUUGUUCUCGAUCGUUCCAAAAAAUGUAUAUUUUGUUUUAUUUUUUUUUCUUUACUUUUAUGGAAAAUUCAAAAUCGAAGUUGCUUUUUUCUACUGAGGAUUUAAAGUUUAUUUACAGAUUUUUCUUUACUGUUGUUUUUAUUUUAUGUUUUUUUGAAGAGUUGUGCAUUUGUUUGACUGACCUGGCCUGGUAGUAUUGGGUGAUUCUUGUUCCGUUUCAUUGCAAUCAUCAUGGAUUCGCUCCGAUAUACUUUACUCUGGUGUCAUUUAAUGGAAACUAAUGAUUAUACGACUUUUUCAAUGCUAGUUAUCACCGCCAUGUAUUAGGUGUUCCAAUAUUAAUUAAGGUAAUGUCUCUGACUUGGAUUAAGUGGAUCUUCCUAUGUAUUUUGCAAGUUGCCGAACUUGGAUUAGUGCUAAGCCCGCUAUCAAGCGUUAUUUAUGCAUUACAUGUAAUCGUAAGUAAUUUUGGCAAAGAUCGUGUGACAUGAAAUAUACCCGUUUACAAUGACCUAUGAAAUCCGUCUUCGUAACAACCGAUCUGCCACAUGACUAUAUAUUUGAACUUUUACAUAAAUAGUUUUACUGUCACCGAAUUAAUAUUUAACUUAUAAUAAUACGUAGAAGCAUAAUGUGUAAGACAUAAGUUUACUACUCCAGGAAUUAGCUUUUGGCUAUUUAUGUAAAAUACUUUAGUUUCUUACUUUCUUAUUUUCCUUUUGUCUUUUUCUUAUCCGUUUUACAUUUGGUUUCUAGCAGAUGUAAAUUGCUUUUGUACUGGGUAACCAAUGGUUUAAAGGUAUUUAAAUUUAUAAAAAAAAACUUCAAUUUUGUACGAGAUAGGUUUUUUACCUAGUUUAAGUUGAUUUUUGUAUGUUUUCAUCAUUAAAAUGAUUGAAAUAAAACAUAGUUUACGUAA